CGUCGAAUACCUCAAAUCGUAAGCCUUAGUAAUAAAAAGGGUGUUUAAUUUUCGGCGUGCCAAAGAUAGCCGAAUGUUCACGUUUGGGAUUACAAAUAGUUAUUGAGAACUGCCGAGGUGUACAAUUGCACAAUAAAAAAUGUAAAUUAGUUGUUCGUAUUUGUGUUUAAACUCAACAGAGAAAUUUAAAAUUCUAAAAAUUAAAAACUAUUCUAUUUGUUGUACUAUUAACCAAUCUUUGGAAUUCCACAAAAAAUCGAAAAAAAAAAUAUAUGCAAAUAUUGGUUUUUCAAAUUUGGCAAAUAUGUCAUUUGUAAAAAAGUGGCAAAAUAGUGUCAACUGCAGUCAGAAUCCUUCAAUAUGCAGCAAGAACGCAGAGACUCUCAGUUGUAAGUACCUGGGCCACAACUUGGAUGACCCCAAUCAUCACACGGUCUGCAAAGAACUAAAUGAAAAGCAGCCGAAAAGCCGUAUUAGGCUCGAUUGCAAGGGAUAUAAAUCCAAAACUCGCUCCAAUGUGGAACCCGAUUCGGUGGGAGCGGCCAUAGGUCUUACCUGUUCCCGUGCGCCGUUAGCGCGACGCUGCGCUUGCCUCGAGGAGGAACUGCAUGCUUCCACAAUUGCCCAGGACUAUGCCACAUAUCUGAAGGCGUUCGCUUUGAUAUACGUGCUGCCCGAGGAGGAGUGGCGCACCGAUAACAUUGACAAAUUGCUCGUCGAGGGCGAAGAACUAUUCCAAACCAGCUCCGAGGACACCGCCGAUGGGCCGCAGCACAAGUCGUCCGCCUACACCAGCAUCGAGCAGCACAUCAAGCGCAGUUUCAAACUAGAGGGCCAUGAUUUCACGCUCGAGCUAAGGCCGCCCUAUUUGGGCAACGAGGACGAGGCAGUGGAUCUGCGGCCAAAGCACAUUAUGAAGAAUCUGAAACAGGUGCUGCACAGCUUCUUUCAGAAUGCCCAUUACUGCCUGCUGCUGCACAAGGCGGGCUAUCUGCUGAUCUGGCGCCGGCGCCAGUUGUACUUUGUGAUGGACGUCAAGGGUCGACGAUCCAAUGAUUUGGUCAGCGUUCGACCUGGUGUGGCCAUGUUGGUUUGCCUCCAGACCCUGGACAAUGUGGUCCAUCUGAUAAGCAAUCUAAGUGGCGAUAAUCCGGACGGCGAGUUUACCAUACGUGAGCUGGCCGUGGUGCGACUGGUUACCCCCGAUGGCCGGACAUUUCUGCGGGACACCAAUCAGCGCGACCUUGAGUAUAAUGUCAUCAGCAAUGAUUAUGCCUAUCUCAAGAGUAAUCUGCAUCUAUCGCUGAAUCCGGAGGCAGCGGUGCGCAAUUACUGCAGCAUUAUUGUGGGCGUGGCUGGCAUAUUGGCAUCCCAUAUCGAUCAUCCCGCCUCCUGGAAUACGAACAUGUUUGAUCGCCUCAUCUGUUACGGGGUCGAGCUCUGCCGCAGUUGCUGGGGCGCAAAUGUGAAGGAUCGUUUGCCCAUUAGCUUGGACAAAUUUCCCACACAGCUGCGCCUUGGACAGUUUGUUGCGGAGAUAAAGCUCAUGCCGGAAGUCGCCAAUGGGCAAUGGCGUUGUGGCCUCACGUAUCAGGGCAACGAUUUUGAGUAUGAGAUCCGGCAUAUCCUGAGGGACUUUGGCAACGCUUUGUUCCAGAUCAACAAUCAAAUGUAUGCUCUGUGGUGCAAGGACAACUUUUACUAUUUGCUCGAUCCCUAUCGGCAUAUAGUGGUCAGCCAGAAGGCGAGCAAAGAUGGUACCAAAUCCGACAAAUGUGCCACGGUGCGCAUGUUUCGGGAUUUGACUACCAUGCUCAAUGUGUUCCAUCAACUGCUUAAGGAGUCCAAUCGGCAUUCUAUUUUCUAUAUUCACGUGCUGCGCAUCAAGAAUAUAGAGAAGUGCCCCCAAGGGUUUGCCCUGAAGCCAACGCCCGAAGAUGCCUACUGUGUGGUAAAGCAGCUCAACGAGCCCAUCGAUUUCCCGCAGCAGCUGGGCAACUGCGAUAAGCUUCUGGUUGAGAUAAGCGACUAUGAGCCGGAUGUGAUAAGUAGAACGGAAGACACAAUGCUCUUUACGAUCGAUACUCCACCUUCUGAAGAGGAUGAGGAGAGUGAGGAUGGUUUCUUGGAGCAGGUCGAGGUGGAGAUUAUAAUGCCUGCCAAACAGGACACCAAAACUAAGCCUCCUAGUGCGAAACCAAGUACUAAACGGCAACCGUCACCUGGAAAAAAACAAGUAACAUUAACUAAGGAAAAACCAGGUAGUGUGUCUACUAACGUAGAGCCGGUUCCCAUGGCUCAGCUCAGAAAUAAACGAAAGUCCGUUCCUGCGAUGGGAUCCAAGCCAAUGGAAAUUGCGCCUGUGUCCAAAAAGGAAACGGAAAUCAAAGCACCGGGUAGAAAGGAAAGCAUCGAAGUGCUGCAGCAUGGAGAAAAGCCUCUGGCGGAAAGGAAAGCGCCGGCUAAAGGCACCAAAGUGCCGCAGCCUGUAAAAACGCCUCUGACGGAGUGCAAGUUUUCCGAGCUUGAAGCCAAGCUGUGUGCCAGGUAUCGCCCCAUCAAUGUUAGACAGCUCCGGCUUGAUAAUUGCUGUCGCUGCCAAUGCUCCAGGUAUACUACCAAUCAGAGAAAAACUGACGAUGCUUCGACAAGCUGUCCGCCCGUUAAAGUCACACAGAAUAGACAUCAUUUGGAAGGAGGUGCUGAGACUGCAUCGAUAUCCUAUCCCGUCUACACGAAAUAUCCGCAUAAUCUGGCCGUCGCUGGCUCCGAAAGCGGCACCGUGGAGAGCCUGAACCGCCUGCUGGACUCCGCAUUCAAAGUAACCAAUCGGGUGCUAACCAUAACCCCUUGGGGCAAUUAUGUGGUCUUUAAGCAGCCGAAACAGACUCGAGCUGCGCCAACUUCUGUAAGGUUUUACGUAUUCGAUGGUUGCACCUGCAACAUUGAUCGCUUUAGACAUUUGGAUCUGAGCAACGGCACCGCCGGUCUAUUGCCCUUCCAGACUCAAUUUGAGGUGGUCUGUUUUAUGAUUGACUCACGGGAAACGAAAGCUUUAAGAAUGCUGCGCUCACGAAUGGAUCAGUGCUCGCCGCAGUUCGAUCAGUUUCUGGUUCGUGGAACGUAGAUGCAAAUAAAAUCUGUUUUUAAAUAAUUUUUUUUUUCUUUUAACAUUUUGAAACUUCAAAAUUUGUUGUAAAGAGAUCCAGUAAAUACGAUCUAUUUAAUUUAAAUGUGAAUCAAUCUGGCGUACGUUCAUAGGAUUUAUAACGCUUACUCAAAAAGGGGAAGCCUCUAAGUAAACCACAUAUAAAUCUAUUCAAGGUCCAUCAGUAAAUAUCUUAAUUGAUUA